CUAAUAAGUACGCUUGCAGUAAAGGACCUCCUCUUAGAAGUCUUGACCGCGUUGCAAGUCACUCACAAACUAGUAUAUGAUUCCAAUUUCCGAUUAUUAACCUGUGAAGGAAUAAUAAUUCUACCUAUGGGUUAGCUUAAUUGCUCUUGGGCAGGCGAGGAGCCAGCAGGCGAGGAGGCACCUAAAGCGAAGCUUUUGGAAACAUGGCUCGAGAAAGCAAGGCGCCUGUGAAGCUCAGCAGCGUGGUGGAUGCGUCACGGUACGUGAGCGCCUCCACCGCCGCCACCCUCACGGUGGCGGUGCGCGUGCGGCCGCUGGUGCGCGCGGAGAUAGCUCGGGGCGGGCGGCGGGACAUCAUCCGCGUCAUCGACUCGCGGGUGGUGCUGGUUCUGGACCCGGAUGACAGCAAGGACUACCUGGACCAGGUUCAGAACCGCACCAAGGAGAAGCGCUACACCUUCGACAUAGCAUUCGGAACCAGCUGCUCCAAUCGUGACGUGUACAACGGCACUGUACGGAACCUCAUCGGGGAUGUACUGCAGGGCAUCAACACCACCGUGUUUGCCUACGGUGCCACGGGCAGUGGUAAAACCCACACCAUGGUCGGCACACAGCAGGACCCGGGCCUGAUGGUGCUGUGCCUGGAGAAGAUCUUCGCCGACCGGGAUGCGGCGCACCGGGACGAGGACUUCUCCGUCACCUGCUCCUACCUGGAGGUCUACAACGAGAUCAUUUACGACCUGCUGGUGCGCUCCUCCUCCCCGCUGGAGCUGCGCGAGGACCCGGAGCUGGGGGUGGUGGUGGCGGGGCUGAAGCACAUCACCGUCACCUCGGCGGCGGAGAUCAUGUCGCUGCUGGAGGAGGGCAACCGGCGCCGCAAGACGGAGGCCACCGACGCCAACGCGCAGUCCUCCCGCUCACAUGCGGUGCUGGAGAUCACGGUUCGGCGCACACCCAAGAACCACUACAAGGUGACCCAGCUCCGCGGCAAGCUGAGCCUGGUGGACCUGGCGGGCAGCGAGCGAGCCGCGGAGACCAACAACGCGGGGCAGAAGCUGCGAGACGGCGCCAACAUCAACCGCUCGCUGCUGGCCCUAGCCAACUGCAUCAACGCACUGGGCAAGUCCAACAGCGGCAAGGCGGCCUCGUACGUGCCGUACAGGAACAGCAAGCUGACGCGACUGCUCAAGGACGGUCUGUCCGGCAACUCCCGCACCGCCAUGGUCGCCACCGUGUCGGGUUCCUCCGACCAGUACCACCACUCCAUCAACACGCUCAAGUACGCGGACCGCGCCAAGGAGAUCAAGACGCAUGUGGUGCAGAACGUGGGCACGGUGGAGAGCCACGUGGCGGACUACCAGCGCAUUAUAGACAACCUGCAGAGCGAGGUGCAGGACCUGAGGGCCCAGUUGAUCGAGCGGGAGGCUGCCGUACCCCCCGGGGUGGCCAAGCCGCGCACCAGCGAGGAGGACCUGCUGGUGCUGAUUGGCAAGCUGGUUGAGGAGAUGAAUGACAACAUCGAGGAGCGCAUCAACCUGCAGAAGGCGCUGUUCGAGAUUGAGGACGCCAACCUCUACAACAAACACGAGCUCAGCCAGCUGGAGGAGUUCCUGGAUGGGGGCAAGGGCAGCGCCAAGGACCUGGCUGAGGCUCGCGAGCGGCGCAGCGAGGUGCUGGAGGCCACCCGCGAGAACGAUCGGGAGCGCGAGCGGUACCGCUCGGAGAUCAGCGCAAACGAGGUGGCGCGCAAGGACAUUCAGGCGCGGGUGCAGGCCAUCGUGGACUCCAACCAGUCCGCCGCCUUCCUCAACCUGCUGUCCACAUUCCGGUUGCAGUCGCUGCACCUGCAGGAGCUCAAGUUCCAGAUGGCGGUGCGGGACCAGAUCAUCAGCGAGCAGAGACAGGUCAUAGGCAACCUGUGGAGGAUCAUCGAAAAGUCGGGACUGCCGCGGGAAAAGGUUAUGGCGGUCGCCAAGGCGGAGGGCAUCCUGAUGGACGGGCUGCAGGGCGGCGACGGCGGCCCCCCCACCGUGGGCCCCGUGCCACUCAGCGAGGCGCUCAAGGCGGUCAAGGAGGAGAUCAUCGCCAUACCCGAGCUGCGGGUCACACCCGAGUUCAACACGCCGGCGCUGGGCAGGAGGGCCAGCGAGCGACACCUGAGGUACCGAGCCUGGCCCUCCACCUCUCCGGGCCCGGGGGGCGCCUCGGCGGACGGCCGCUCCGCCGCCUCAGCCGACGCCUCGCCCUGCGGCUCGGACGACGACGGCGGCGGCGGCGGCGGCGGCGCCUCCGACGACGCGACCGACGACGACAGCCAGUCCAUUCGCUCCGACAAGUCGCCACUGAGGGGGCGGGGAGCGGGUCGGCGGCACCGGCACCACCACCCCCACGGCAGCAGCAGCCACAACAACAACACCACCCGGAACCGGGCUCGCAGCGAGGGGCAGCAGCAACAGCAGCAGCAGCUAGCGAUGAAUGGCGGUCGCGGUGCCGGUGACGACCCGUACCAUGCCCUUCGCCGGAACCCCUCCCAAGUCGUGAUGGGAGGGGGGGGAGGAGGAGCAGCAGCAGGGGGGCCCUACCAGCAGCAACAGCAGCAACCCUCCCAGCAGCAGCAGCAGCUGCAGCAGCAGCAGCAGCAGCAGCUGCAGCAGCAGCACUCCUCCCCCGCACAGCUGCUACAGCACCACCACAGUCAUCCCGCCUCCCAACAACUCCAACAACUGCAUUCCAACGGCCACCCAGUCGUACUGCAACCGCAGCUUCCGCAACCGCAGUUACAAACGCAGCAGCAGCAGCAACAGCUCAGCGGUGAGCCGCACCGGUUCGAGGGCGGGCGCCCGCUGC